GACAGCUACAAAAAGGCGAAGGCUAUGUGUGGUGUUGUUGUGAUAUUAAAAGUUUACAUUUCUUUCGACAGUUAUUAGAUGAACCAUGACGAUAUUUCACGACGAAAUAGAAAUCGAAGACUUUGAGUAUGACGAGGACGAUGAUAUGUAUUAUUAUCCUUGUCCAUGUGGAGACAGAUUCCAAAUCAGUAAGGAAGAAUUAAUGGCGGGAGAAGAAGUAGCAACAUGUCCCAGCUGUUCUCUUGUUGUCAAAGUUAUAUACGAUUUGGAGAAAUUCAAAUCAGAGGAAGAGGAAGUACACAAAGCGGAUGGAGAGAAGGAAGCAGUGAAGGCGUAACCUGACUCAAUAGCCAUACUGUGUUGAAAAUGAAAUUGUACACUGCUAGCCCUUAGUUUGAGGCUUCAAGAAGCACUUCUUGAUGGACAGUGGUCAGUGAUGUUUUGUAAUACUCGUAAUAAACAGUGAUUGGAAUUGGUAGUGCCAUUUCGUGUGAAUGACCUUAAACAUUGUACAUAGUAUGGAUAAGACUUGAGAUUCUCCGACUCGUAUUUCUCACAGAAAAUUUUCUUCAAAACGCAAAA